UUCAAUUUGGAACCGACAAAGCCAUAUUAUGGGUGAAUGAAAUUAAGCGUAUAGGCGUAGCAAGCUGUCAAAUAUAUCGAUAAAAAUAUCGACGCCAUCGUUUGAAAUCAGAAGAAAAAUAACUAAAAAAACCGUGAAGCAGAAAAAGUUUAGAGGAGAAAGCAACAGCAGCAGCCGCAUAAUUUUCGUAUCUCUAGAAGUUAAAGAAAAUUUGGUCUUGUUGCGUCAAUUAUCCGGGCAAGCCAUUUCCAUUUCUAUCGUUUGUGCGUUGUUUGUCGAAGGUGAAAAACUCUUGCUGAAUUGGAAAACCAAAAUAAAACGUCUGUCGGUACCGUGCGGUAUUUUUCAGAGAAGAUCCGGUUUUUCAUUGCGAACGAACAGUUUCCCAGACUAAGGGAAGAAAGCCGCCAAAAUUGACCCGGAAGCCAGAGUACGUAAAAUGUCCAAUAAUUCGGACUCGCCGGAUGCAAAAAAGCCCUGCAAGGGUAUCCUGAAAUCGUCCAGCAGCUUCGAUAAACAUUCGGCCGCAGCACACCGGAAAAGCGCGAAAUUCGAUGAGAUGAACGUACUGCAGACGUACCAUCCGGCGGACAAGGACUAUGGACACAUGAAGGUCGAUGAACCGAAGACGCCCUUCAACUACGUCGAGCACACCGACGUCGAUCAGCUGGAUGCGGAACUGCUGGCGGAGAAGCUCCGGGUAGCCGCUACCUCGAAAAGCGAUUCCUUCUCCGAAGAACAGGAGGAGGAGGAAGAAUCUUCGGAGGAGGAAGACGAGGAUCUCACCGAGGAUCAGAAGAAAAAGAAACGAGAAUUCGCACUUCGCCGGAAGGCUCACUAUAACGAGUUCGAGGCAGUCAAGUUGGCCCGGAAGUUGAUUGCGGAAGAAAACGACGACGAUGAUGAUGACGAUGACGACGAUCACUCGUUUUCCGGUCCUCGGGAAAAGGUAGUCCCGGACAAGAAUAGCAGUAGUGGCAGUAGUAAAAUGGAGGUAGAAGAUCUGGACGAGGUGGAUCGGAAAAAUGGUGGCACAGGGGCGUUGACAUCUGGCGGGGAACCUGUGGCCACAGCCAGUCACGUAACGGCAGGAAGGAAGCAAAAGAAUCAAACAGAAAAACGAAAAACCUGAACAAUAUGGGCGCAAAAAACAGCGAAUGAAGAAUUGAAAAUCAAUAACCGAAAACAUAGACAAACUGAUACGCUUCUAGAAAAGUCAACCUUUAUAUUUUCAAACAGGAUUAUUUUUUCGAACAAAACAUACAUAAAUGAAAAAACAAACUGGAAUGAUUAAAUUCGUUGUGAAGUGUGUAGAACUGCCUUUUGUUUUAAAAUUCUUUUUUAUUCCUCCUGCAUCGUAGAGUGAAUAAACUUUUUACACCGCGAUCCACAAAUAUAGUAGCAAUGUGUGAUAGGUUUUUGCCUGUAUUCUAAAACUCUGUUUUAUGCUGACGAAAAGCAAAGCUAAAAAAUGUCUAACUAUCGUAACAAACGAAUCUAGUGGGGUUAUGAACCAUAUUUGAAAAAUCGUUUCCUAUUAUUUAUUACGUUUGCAUUGGCAAACUUAAGAUAAUGCUGAAAAAACACAUACCAACUGAAAAAAAACAAACUUAAUCAUGAAGAUUUCAAUGUACGGUCCCAUUUCGGUUGAGUUAUUAAAACUCAACUGAAAAAAAUUCACCCGAACUAAUAUUUUUAUUUGCAUCCAACCACAGAUACACUUUAGUUGACUGCAUUCAAUAUUCUUACAAAAGAUUUCAGUUGGAAUUUCACGAUCAACAACUUGUUUCAAAUAAAGUUUAAUCCAAGUUUGAAAGCAGUUAAUUUUCCAAAUUAAAUUUUCUCCGAGUUGAAAACGAUUUACAAUUUUUAUUUAAAUAUUAAAUUUAUUGCAUGAAUAAUGCAAUCGCAGUUCGUUUCAUCCAAACCAUAUUGUUUCACUUGCACUAGCCUUACCAUUUACAUUUACUUUAACUUUGCAUUCUAAAGUGUUACAAUUAUCCGAUACAAAAUCCAUUUUAUAUCAGAAAAAAACACAUCAAAUUAAAUUCAACCUGAACAACAAACAAAUGAAAGCAAGCAAUCUAAAAAAAAAACAAGUAACAGAAACGCUACAAUACAGUUAAUCAAAAACCAUUGUAAAGUUGUUGAUUUGUGACCGCAUUUGUGUGAGAAACUAACAUCAUAUUACGUAGCUUAAAAGUGAGGCCGAGGCAUACAUAACGGCAUUAAUAGGGUAAAAAAGGUCAACCAACUACAAACCGUAGCUACCGUGCAACCAAAUUUGAAGUGACGAGUUAUAGGAGGUAGGCAGCAAUCCAGUGAGUGGUUCUUUUUCAAUCAGGUACAGAUCACUUAUAUUAUCAUUUAGCUGUUAGCGAAUAAAAUUUUUAAGUAGAAAUCUGCAAGCAGUGAUUAUUGGAAGACAGAAACUCAGAGAGUGGUAAACUGAUUCGAACUAUCAAACAAAGAAGUGAAACCGGAAAUUGGAAAGCUGAGCAGGAAGUUUUUCUAUCCAAUAAGUGUGAUAUUUGGUUGCUGUCAAGGAGUUGAUAUUUAGAACACCAAUUCCAAAAAGAAAGUCCUGUUGAAAAAAGUGCACAAGGAAACGUGAAUCUUCGCCAAAAAUGGAGUAAAAGAAUUGAAAUAGGACAUUUUGAGCGAUGCUUCCCUGCUGGUAGGAUUUGUUUUUCAAAAAACGAAAUGUUGAACCAUCCCAAAUUCAGGAAGUUUAUUAUGUAGACAAUAUGAAAUUCAUACGUUUGUUUCCGUCUUCUGAGCAGCUUCCAUAUAAGUAGGUACACAUACUUCUUUAAAACGUCUGUUGUCGGCAACAGCGCCAAGAUGUCACCGCAGCAGAUACCCAGGUUCUAAACUGAUAGGUGAAGCCACCGUUUGCUACCAGUGUGUUUAAGCAGGAAUCUUUUUUAGCUGCGACAACUUUCACGAUUGGCUAGAACUAGAAAUAUCGGAACCGGAUACAUUAUUAUAUGAUUAAAGAGGAUGAUUAAAA